CAAGAUGAGCAGCUCAGUGAUGGGGACAAUGCUCGGCCCGAGAACCUGCCUGGAUCUCCGAACCUUCCUCUCAGGAACCAGGAGACUGAUGUCUGGGAGGGCCUGGACCGCAACCGGAACCAGAUCUGUCCUGCUGUCUGGAAGAUGGGAACAGAGGAUGAGCAUAGCAACCAAGGCAAUCAAAGCCCCCAUGCAGGGCCUAGCAUUGGUUCACCAGUGCGAGUCCGGUCAGAGGUGGUGCCCUCAGAUAGAGACACUCCUCUUCUGAGGAAACUACGCAAUAUCCAUAGCUUUGAGCUGGAGAAGAGACUAACUUUGGAGCCCAAACCCAACACUGAGCGUUUUGUAGAGGCCUGUUCUGGCAAGCAGCCACCUGGUACAGCACAGGAAUGGGAUGCUGACGGUGUCCCUGCCAUGGCCAUGUUGAACGGAAGUCACACAGAGCGUGUUUGGCACUAUGAUGAGGAAUUCCGCUCUGGCGGUGGCUCACCCAAGCCUGCUUCACCGGGAUCUCCUGAGCAGGGCGACGGUCCAGCUAACAGUGGCUUUGUUGCUCUAAACCUAAGCUCAGGUCUACAAGAUGUUGAGUUGCAUGAUUGGGUGAUGGUAGAGAAGGGCUCUGACCUGCCGGACUUCAAAGAGGCAGCAGGAAGUUGCCCAGGUCAUGAGGCUAAACUCACUAGUAGCCCAUCUGAUGAGUGUGAAGAGGAGCCAGAAGUUUUGCAGCCAAUGGAUGAAUCACCGGAUAAAGAAUCCACUCCCAGUCCCAUACAUGGAGAUGCCCACACACCUCACACAGUCCAGGGCCCACAAAGGAUGGAUCGGUUGGAUGUCAGCAGGAUAAAGGUGGUCUCUGAGGGCAGCUCACCUGUCAGCCACAGUAAUGAGAUACAGACCGCUCACCCUCAGCUCCCCACCUCUCCUGCAUCCCAACCUGAGGAGCUUGUGGCAAGAACAUGCAGCCCCCUGCACCUGCGCUCCCCUAGCCCGCUCACCCUCCUGACCACCCUGUCGGACCCCCUCCACCAGCGCGCCCUGCCUGGGAUGUGGCGCAGCCAAUCUACUGACCACCAACACCACCCUUCCUCUUCCACCUCCUCAUGCCACGCCUCGCUGCCACUACCUUCUCAGCCCCAUGCUGCCUAUUCGCCUGGACGCAGGAAACUUCCUGCCAUUCCAGCAACUGCUGCAAACACCAAGUUCCCCUCAGUCAUACGAAUCACCCGCGCUAAGCUUCAGCAGCUGACAGCUCAGCGCCCCUCUAUGCUGUCCUCCCAAUCUGCAUCCGACAGUGUUCCACUGGAGAGACAUGAUACUGAAAAUGGCAACAAUGAGAUGCAUCCACAUGACAACACAGCUGACAUCAACUCCCCUAAGGAGCAGGUUGCCUUCCAGCCCAUCAGCCCCUCUAAUGUUGAGGAGGAUCCUUUGCUAAAUGGGAAUGGCCCUCUGAAACCUUCAAGCCCAGUGCCAAACCUAGUGCGGUCUCCACGCACACCUCCCUCUCCGCGUAGCCCAGUUCUGAUGAAUGGCUGUCUAACACCUCCUUCACACACACAGAGAGAUGGCAACAAGCAGGCUCCAAAGCUAAAAGACCCCAAGAGUGAGUCUCCCAUCAUUGAGCGCUCAAUUGAGCCCAACCAGUGCACUUUGGAGGACGGAAAGGAAGAUGCUCCUUCCAGAAACGGCACUUCUUCUCCAGUCUCUGCUCCCAAACAAGACCCCAGUCGUCGGCACAGCCGUAUCCCAGUGUUAGAACCAUCUAGCCUUCUAGAUCCACCACCUGGAUCUGCUAAAGAGAAGUUGAUGCAGAGGAGGGUUCACCCCAUUCCAAUUUCACCCUCUGCUUCCCCGUCAUUAUCCUCUGAUAGGCGUGUAAUCGUGGCUGCUAUGCAGCGGGACCAGAUUUCUUCUGCCUCUUCUGAACGCUCUCAAGAUGAAGAAUCACUUCUGGGUUCUCGUUCCGAUCGUCAUGGAGAUGAUGCUCCCUCACUGUCCUCAUCCUCCAGCCCACUUCUACGGAAAAGCAAGAUACCACGCCCAAUUACCCCCACAACAAGCGGGGAAGCCGUUACUGCACACAUGCCCCGUCCACCACCAGGAAAACCUCCUAGCCGCUCCACUGCGGAUGGAAGGUAGUUAGCA